AUGGACACGGCGGUGACCGACGCCGACGUGUCCGUCGCGUCGGCGUCGGUCACUGAUGACGCGGCGCUGGAGCACACCUCUCCAGCAGAAGAGGAUGACGCCGAAGACUCGGGUCAGGCGGACUUGCCCUUGGGCGGCGCGUUCGAGCUCCUGGUCCUGGGCGCGGUGAUCCCGCAGAAGGAGGAGGAAGAGCCGGCGGCGGAGAUGAAGAAGCCGGCGGAGGAGAUGAAGAAGCCGCCGGAGGAGAUGAAGAAGCCGCCGGAGGAGGAAGAGCCGCCGGAGGAGAUGAAGAAGCCGGCGGAGGAGAUGAAGAAGCCGGCGGAGGAGAUGACGCCGGCGGAGAAGAUGAAGAAGCCGAACAAGAUGAAGAAGCCGCCGGAGGAGAUGGAGGAGAUGGAGACGGAGCCGGCAGAGCUGAUGGCUCUCGCGGUGGAGAGCACAUCCGCCGAGGCGAGUGAGGAGGUGGAAAGCAGAGGCGUCAAGCGGCCCCUUGCUGCGCACGGCUCCCUAGCCAGGGCCUGGCAGGGAAAGAUCCCGGCCAAGGGGAGCGCAAACUCACAGGAGGCGCCGCCGGAGGAAGGAGUGGAAGAAGGAGGAUUGGAAGAAGAAGGAUUCCAAGGAGGAGGAGGAGUGGAAAAAGGAUUGAAGAAGGAGGAGUGGAAGAAGGAUUGGAAGAAGGACUGGAAGAAAAAGGAUUGGAAGGAGAAGGAUUGGAAGGAGAAGGAUUGGAAGGAGAAGGGUUGGAAGAAGGAGUGGAAGAAGGAGUGGAAGAAGGAGGAGGAUGAGUGGAAGAAGGAUUGGAAGGAUGAUGAGUGGAGGAGGAGAUGCCGGCCUGAUGGCCGGGGCGGCUACUACCUGCCGCAUGGCCAGGGCUUCAUCGACAGCCAUGGGCAGCUGCGGAAGCAGCCGGGAGAAGGCCUCAUCGGCAAGACGCGGAACAGAGGAGGGCAGCGCGAGCAAGCCAAGCGGAGCGACAUGCGGGCGCUGAUCAACAUGGUCACGAAGAUCACAGAUCUUCGAGCCGGAGCUGGCCCACCAACUGAGUAG